GUCUCCCCAUUUUUUUUCCUUGUAGUCACACUUGUUCAUCUCUUUUGAGUCCAGUCUUCAGCUCUCUAUUUGAGAGUUACAGUCUUCACUCGAAAUUGCCAAAAAGCAAAACCCAUUUAAUCAGCAAAAAAAAGGCUAACAAAGAAAAGAAAGGAAAAAGUGAAUAAAAGAAAUGGUGGAAGAUUAAUAGUCGUCCCAUUAUACUCUCGAAGUCUUCAUUUGGAACAGAAGUUCCAACUUUCACUCUUCCUAAAGGAAGUUAAGUAUGUACCAACAAUCUUGAGUUGAGUAAUGUUCUUUGGUCUUUCGACGUUGUAAUCGACGAGUAUGGUGUCUGGUUUUAGGGCAGCCUCUGCUCUCGUUACUAUCGUUGUUUGGUUGCUCGUCCCUCGUCACGCCACUCCCUCUGAUAUCGAGUGCCUGAAAUCGAUACAGAGCUCGUUGGAAGACCCUAACAACUACCUAGCAUCGUGGAUUUUCGACAACAGUUCCCAGAGGUCAAUCUGCAAGUUCACCGGGAUUGAGUGCUGGCACGAGGAUGAUAACAAGGUGUUGAAUAUCCGGCUGUCGGACAUGGGCCUCAAGGGCGAAUUCCCACUAGGCAUUGCAGGUUGCACUUCCAUGACUGGCCUCGACCUUUCUAGCAACAGCAUCCGUGGCAACAUCCCGCACAACAUCUCUAGUAUAAUCCGCUUCAUAACUAUACUUGACCUCUCCUCCAACCAGUUUUCCGGAGAAAUACCUGUCGAUAUCUCAAACUGCAGCUUUUUGAACGUGCUUAAGCUCGAAAACAACCAGUUGACGGGCCAGAUUCCACCACGGAUUGGUCUGCUUGACCGGAUCAAGACAUUUAGUGUUGCGAAAAACCAGUUGACUGGUCCUAUUCCGCAAUUUGUGAAUGCCAGUUUUCCUGCUGAGAGCUAUGAUGGAAAUGCAGGUCUGUGUGGGAAGCCAUUGUCUCGUUGUAGUGGCGGUUCGGUUAAAUCUCAUGCUUCUGCGAUUGUUGGAGGAGCAGUUGGUGGCGUGACUGUUGCAGCUCUCGGUUGCGCCAUUGGUUUGUUCUUGUAUAUGCGUAGGAUGUCGCGCAGGAAGAAGGAAGACGAUCCUCUCGGCAACAAAUGGGCCACGAGCAUCAAGGGCGCGAAACGCAUCAAGCUAUCAAUGUUUGAGAAAUCUGUUUCGAAGAUGAAUUUGAAUGAUCUGAUGAAGGCCACAAAUGACUUCAGCAAUGAGAAUAUUAUUUGGUCGGGACGAACCGGGACGGUGUACAAGGCAGUUCUGGAAGACGGGACCUCGCUUAUGGUGAAGAGGCUGCAGGACACUCAACACUCGGAGAACGAGUUCGCAGCAGAGAUGGCGACGCUAGGAAACAUCAAGCACCGGAACUUGGUUCCCCUGCUUGGCUUUUGCCUUACGAAGAACGAGCGCCUCUUGGUUUAUAAGCACAUCCCGAACGGCUCCCUUCACGACAUGCUACAUCCCGUGAACGAAGGCGCCAGAGUCAUGGACUGGCCACUUCGUCUCAAGAUAGGGAUAAAGGCCGCAAAGGGAUUUGCGUACCUCCACCACUCGUGCAAUCCGCGCAUCAUCCACCGGAACGUCAGCUCGCAGUGCAUCUUGCUCGAUGCAGACUACGAGCCAAGGAUAUCUGAUUUCGGGCUACCUAGGCUCAUGAAUCCCAUCGACACACACCUGAGCACGUUUGUGAAUGGCGAAUUCGGAGAUUUGGGGUACGUUGCUCCUGAAUAUGCAAGAACGCUGAUGGCCACCCCCAAGGGGGACGUCUACAGCUUUGGAGUCGUGCUGCUGGAGUUGGUGACGGGCGAAAAAGCGACGCACGUGGGCAGAGCCCCGGAGAGCUUCAGGGGCAGCCUGGUCGACUGGACCUCGGAACUAUCCGCCUCAUCUAGGCUUCACUACGCCAUCGAUGAAUCCUUGGCCGGAAAAGGUUUCGACAACGAGCUUUUCCAGUUUCUGAAAAUCGCGUGCAGCUGCGUGCUUCCGACGAACCCGAAAGAGAGGCCUACCAUGUUUGAAGUGUACCAGCUCCUCCGAGCCGUUGGGCAGCGGUAUGAUUUCACGACGGAGGAUGACAUUUUGGUGCCGACCGAUGCCGGGGAUGCUGAUCAGCUAGUGGAGCUCAUCGUUGCUCGAGAUGAUGUGCAGAAAAAGGUAUAAAAAAGACUUAUAGAUUGAUUGGAGAAAUCAAUAAUCCACAUUUGUGGUUUUUUUUUUAUGCAGAACUACUUGUGAAUGAAUUGUGUAUAUAGUAAUAUCUUCAGUUUCUUGAUUGUUUGUCGUUCAUUUGAAAUUGUCAUCACAAACUCACGUUAAUGAAUCAUGAUUCCUCAU